AUGACGACCUUGACGAGUACCUCGCCAGUGGCAGCAUGGGAUAGCACAAGACGGAAGUCAUGCUUCGCCACACUCCCCGGUGGCCACUAUCCAGCAAGUAGGGAAUCAUGGGUCACAAUUGCUGCACCAGAAAGCCCUCAAGAAACCCCACCAGAGAACGUCGCAACGCAAGUCAACGAAACGACAUACUUCGACACGCCGCUGAAAACCCUCGAAGCUGUUCCCGAUGUAACCGUGGCCGUGAUUGGAACCGGCUACGUUGGACUACACCUCGUUGAAACCUUCUCUCGAGCAUACGAUGUGAUUGCAUUCGAUGUCUCGGAACAGCGAAUCCAAGAAGUCCAACUCAGAGUCGGGAAGAACGUCACCUGUACAUCGGAUCCAACUUCUUUGGCUGAGGCAACACACUUCCUGGUCUCGGUCAGUACUGUCGUGAAACAGCACCAACGUACGAUCGACAUCUCGUGCAUUCAAAUGGCCAUCGAGACAAUCACAACGUACGCUCGUCCUGGGUCCACCGUCGUUAUCGAGAGCUCCGUGGCAGUGGGCAUGACAAGAGAUUUGCUCGCGCCUCUGCUGAGAAGCAAGUCGCUUUUGUGUGGAAUGUCUCCAGAGCGAGUGGAUCCCGGCCGAACAUUUCCAGCAUACGAAAGCAUCCCCAAGAUCAUAUCGGGGCUCGACGAGGCGUCGCUGUCUUCGAUCCGCGAGCUAUACUCCCGCGUCUUCGAGAAUCUUGUACCAGUCUCAAAGCCCGAAGUUGCAGAGAUGACGAAGCUGUACGAGAACUGCCAGAGAAUGAUGUGCAUCGCAUUCGCCAACGAAAUGGCCGACGCAUGUGGUUCCUUGUCGAGAUCUUUGUCGGAGAAGAGCCUGACGGGAGAAGAGGUUGAUAUCGUCCCUUGGGAGGUAGCAAGCGCCGCUGCAACGAAACCAUUCGGAUAUCAACCGUAUACACCUUCGCUAGGAGUAGGCGGCCACUGCAUCCCCGUCAACCCCUACUACUUGCUGUCAAACGCCCAGUUUCCGCUACUCGAGGCAUGUACCAAGCGAAUGGAAGAACGUCCAGCGCGGAUAGGAGAUCGGAUCAUGGCCAGCCUCAGUUCCAAGGUAGAUCGCCGUCCAAGAAUCCUGAUAGUUGGUCUUGGAUUCAAACAAGGACAAUCGGUACUAUCGAAUUCACCCGGGAAGGCUCUUGCUGUCCAUCUGCUCAGUACUUACGACGCCUGGGUGGAGUUUGCGGAUCCAUUAGUGAGACAGAAUGCUGUCCCCUUUCUGCCGCGCUUUGACGAUCAUCAAUGGAGCAUCUCAUCUUUGCAGUCGUUCGAUGCCAUUCUCGUCGCUGUCGAGCAGCCCGGAUACGACUAUUCUCUGCUCGAUAGCUUGCCUGCGCAAGGCACAUACGUGGAAUGGUUUUGCCGGAGAUAG